GUUGGAUCCUUGAUGAUUCUUCGAGAAGGAUUUAUGCAUGAGUCAUGAGAGUCCUGUAAAUUUUGAUGUCCGAGGCUCUUUGGUCAAGAAAACGACUUAGCUGAGUCCUCCGUUGUUUGCUAUCUGUGUUGUGACGCCAUGUCCGUGCUUGGCGUCGUUUGUGUGGCCCUAUGGCUUGUUCCGGCCUGUGGCCAUCGUGUUGUCAAUGGUCAGGCUGCUGAGGUGGAGAUUCAACAUGUGAUCCAUCAGGAUGGUGUGGAGGCUACCACGAAGACUGUGGUGGCUGCUGCGGCGACUGGCAUGACUUUGCCCAAGUUGAAGAAAUCCUUCACCGAAGAGGAGUUGAAAACCUCAGUCCUUGCCAAUGUGGUGGAGGUUUUCUGGAAUUUAGACCUUGAUGACUACAACAUGCUCCACCUGUCAUCCGCCUUGGGCGAACUAGCCGCCAUGCAAGCCCUCGUGAGUGCGGGCGCGGAUGUCAAUGCAAAGUGCACUGAGAAAGGCCCCACACCCUUCACGCCAAGGGAUAUGGCAAAGAACGAAGAUGCUAUCGUGCUCCUCGCUUGCAACGGUGGAUCCAGGGCAGGCCACUACAAACACCAAGCUCUGGCCGAUGCAGCUGACAUCGGCUACCCUCACUUGACUCAGAUCCUUUUGGCUGCUGGAUGGGACACCGAAGUCAGAUCCGAGUUUGGCUAUACGCCGCUGCAUAUUGCAGUCGAUUGCCCACCCCCAGAGUCCGAAUGGGCUGGGAGCAAAUAUUGGAAAGAGCGCUUGGAAGUCAUGAAGUUGCUGGUGGCGGGCGGCGCGGACGUCAAUGCGGAGGUCAAUGAAAAGAGCCCCAAAACGAGCAAGGGCGGGUGGACAGCUCGGGAUGUUGCAUGGUACAAUGGCAACAAGGAGGCAGACAAGUACCUCACGGAGCACGGUGGCAAGCGUAAUGCAAAAUUCAAUGCCGCAUGGCAGGCAUGGCUGAAGAGUUAAGCUGCUCUCACCAGUGCUUUCUUAGGUUCGAUAGUAGCCGAUGACAACAC